AUGCUCGCCGAGACUGAGAGUAUCUCCUCGCUGUCUCCGCCACCGGAAGAGGUCGCGGCCUCGCCCGUAAAGAGAUACGCCGAAGCUAAGCGCGCACAGACGAAGCCAUGUCCAGUCUGCGACGAAGUCAUCCCCGUACGGCUUUUGGGCGCGCACGCAGUGCUAGAGUUGCAGAGGGUGGAGGAUAUUCUAGGCAACAUGAGCUCCAUGGAGGCUGUAGAAGUGAAUGAGGAGGGGCUUGAUUCUCGAUCUCGGCGGUCAUUCCUGAAAGCCCGCAAGUCUCUUAGUGCCCUGUCCUCCGCCCCCUCUACCAGCACAACCGACAUCCUGGUCCAAACGACCAAGACCCUCCACACGAUCAUGAAACGCCGCAAACAACGGCACACCAAGCUGCGUGAGAUGACCCGGGAGGAAGAGGACAGCCAUUUCAGCAGGAGGACCACGGGACGAGGAGAGGGGGUGUGUCCGGUAUGUCUCCAGGUCAUCAAGGGUGACCCAGAUGUGGUAGAGGCGCAUGUGGACUCGUGUCUGGCACAUGCUAAUCGGGUCUUGGAGGAGACUCAGAGGGAAGAGAGACGGAGGGCGAGGGUAGGCGCUGGUUUCUCGACCCUCGACCGGAAUCAGCAAGACGUUGACGAGGAUAUCGACGUCGACGGGGAUGACGCUGGAGUAUUCGGUGACGCCCAGUUCACAGAGGGAGACGUCCUCGGCGAAUCGUUGGAAGUAGACGUGGAAGCGCACGACGAAGCCGAUGGGGAAGGUACACACGAGCGCAAAACCCUGCGAGCCUUGGUGGCCGAGGGCAAAGUGGUCCGGAGGCUCGCAACUGGGAGUACGGGCGUGGAUGGGCUGAAGGCCGAGAUGGAAGAGGUUAUGGGCGUCGGCGAGACGGACCUCAUGGACCUUGCGAUAACUUUGGCGAGGAAGAAGGGCGACGCGUCGGCUUUGGUUGUUGCGCUGGAAAACAAGGUGAAGCAGCUGGAAUCGAUGCGAGUUUCGUCCUCGACAACUUUAUUAUGCCGUAUCUGCUUGGACCCAUACACAGAGCCAACUGUCAGUACCGGAUGCUGGCAUACCUGCUGUCGGGAAUGCUGGCUGCGGUGUCUGGGCUCCACGAAACUCUGUCCGAUGUGCAAGAGGAUCACUGCUGCCACGGAAUUGAGGAGGGUCUACUUAUGA